CAUUUUUAAAAAAAAGAUGUGGUAUGAUGUAGUUCGUUUGGGUACAUCACCCAGGAUACAAAAAAAUGCUUGUAUGUAUGUCGUUGAUGGUCCGACAAGUUCGCUUUCUCUCUUCGAUCCCAGAACUAGAGUUGGACUGCUAUAGCAAUACCUAAAAGCAGUAUGAUAGCAACACACACAAAAGGAAGUCUUGUUUUUCACUAUGAAUCAAUUGUCCUGUUGUUCCAUUGGACAUCUACAGUGUUGCUGCAUUUGCUGCAAAACACAGAACAGUCAGAAAGAAAAAAACGAAGAAACAAGGGGCGCCUUCUCGUUGGGCUUGGGCAGGAGGUUCGGAGAGUGCUUUUUCUCGCCGAACCGGCUUGUGGGAGAUGGGCAAGAGGGAAGGACCGGAUCCGUCUUGGGAAAAUGGUUUAUCUACGUAUUUAUAUAUAUAUUUAUUCAGCCACUACUAUUUGAUCUGCUUAGUGCAGCCGAACAGUUUUAAAAUCUCAUGAACCACUCCACGCUAGAUGAUCCAUGAAGAAUUACAUCCUUCUUCCAGUUUUAUAUCGUAUCGCGGGAAAGUUAGCCGCCAUAUGCAUCACAUAGGACGCUCGUCUCAAACUCUGGUCGAUUAAAAAACUGAUCCCAAAGACAUACUUAAAAAGCAAAUAGCGUAGAGUUGUCCGAACGCAGUCUCGUCACGGCUGCUGCGUCGUGGUCCCCAAAUCAGCAAUGGAGAGCAGCAGCAAGGGCAUGUGCACCGUCGAGAGGCGCGGCCGCGUGCACCUCAUCACCAUGACCGGCGCCGGCGAGCACCGCCUCAACCCGGACCUCCUCGCGGCGCUCCGCUCCGCUGUGGCCGCCUCCGCUGGCGCCGGCGCGCUGGUGCUGGCCGCGGAGGGGAAGUUCUUCUCCAACGGGUUCGACCUGGCGUGGGCGCGCGCGGCGCCGCCCGGCCUGCACGGCGCCAUGGACGGCGGGCUCCGCGCGCUGCUGGCCGACCUGCUGGCGCUGCGCGUGCCCACGGUGGCGGCGGUGACGGGCCACGCGGCGGCGGCCGGGUGCGCGCUGGCGCUCGCGCACGACGCCGCGCUCAUGCGCGCCUCCCGCGGGCUCCUGUACAUGAGCGAGGUCGACGUCGGCAUCAAGUUCGUCGACUUCGUGGCCGCCGUGCUCCGCGACAAGGUCCCCGACGCCGCGGCCCGGCGCGACCUGGUGCUGCGCGGGGACCGGGUGGCCGCGGCCGAGGCCGUGCGCCGGGGCCUCGUGGACGCCGCCGUGGACGGCGGCCCCGAGGACGUGGUGGCCGCGGCCGUCGCUGAGGCCGAGAGGCUGGCCGCCAGGGGCUGGGACGGGGAGGCCGUCGCCGAGAUCAGGAAGGCCGCGUGGCCCCAGCUGUGGGCCCAGGUCAAGGACCACGGCGCCGGGCCGGCGCCGGCGCGGCCGCGGCUCUAGUCGUGCGCUCCGCCUGGUGCACUGGUUGGUUGCCCGAUAGGUACGACCGAAUUGCUCCAAGCUACAGCGACUUGCGAGUCACAUCAAGAAUGUGUAGCGACGCACUUGUGCCCGGUCAAAUAAAUCGCAAAAACUAGACUGUAUCUAUUAAUUAUUCCCGUUUCUAUGCCUUGAACUGACUCGAUGCGGAAGAAAUGAUACCAACCCGCGUUGCCUGUGAUUUUCGAUAUAUCUCUGUGUAAGAACAAAAUCAAACUACGAUUUUAAGAAGCCACUGUUCGUGUAAA